CGUCUUAUCAUAACUCUUCACUCUUAGCUUGAAUUCUAACUUUUGGGUGCAGGUGGGAAGAGAGAGAGAUAGACAAGUAAUCAUUUUCUCAAAGUCUUGAUCUCGUUUGUUUAAUUGUUUCUUUGGUUUAGCCAGAGAGAGUUCAAAGAAAAGGAUGGAAACAAUGCAAGUCUUUCACAUGAACAAAGGAAAUGGUGAAACUAGCUAUGCAAAGAACUCAACUGUCCAGAGCAAAAUUAUAUCCGUUGCAAAAUCAGUUAUGGAUGAAGCAAUCUUGGAAAUGCUAUGCACUCGAAAGAUGCCUCAAAGUAUAGGCAUAGCAGACUUGGGUUGCUCAUCAGGACCCAAUGCCUUGCGAGUAAUAUCUGAAACACUUGAUGUUAUCUACACAAGAUAUCAAGAUCUGGGCCGUGCAAUACCUGAGUUUAGGGUUUUUCUGAACGAUCUUCCCUGCAAUGACUUCAACUGUAUAUUUGGGUUACUGCCUGAACUCUACAACAAAUUGAAGGAAGAAAAAGGUGCAGGAUUUGGGUCAUGUUUUAUCUCAGGGACGCCAGGUUCUUUCUAUGGCAGAUUGUUUCCUAGCAAGAGUCUCCACUGUGUUCACUCUUCUUCCAGUCUUCACUGGCUUUCACAGGUUCCAACUGGUUUAGAAAGAUACGUAAGCAACCCCGUGAACAAGGGAAAGAUAUACAUUUCAAAGAGCAGUCCAAGUUUUGUACUGGAAGCAUACUCGAAGCAGUACCAGAAGGAUUUUUCAAUGUUUCUAAAAUCACGUUCUGAGGAAUUAGUUCCUGGUGGCUGCAUGGUUUUGUCAUUCAUGGGCAGGAGAUCUUCUGAUCCCACUACUGAAGAAAGUUGCUAUCACUGGGAGCUGUUAGCAAAAGCACUAAUGAGCAUGGUUUCAGAGGGAAAGAUUAAAGAGGAAAAGGUUGAUUCUUUUAAUGCCCCUUACUAUGCACCCUGCGCAGAAGAAAUGAAGUUAGAGGUACAAAAAGAAGGGUCUUUCAUAAUUGAUCGCCUUGAAGCCUUUGAAAUUGAUUGGGAUGGAGGAUCUAAUGAUGGGCAUGUGACAACCGCUGCACUAACUCGUGGUCAAAGGGUAUCCAAGACAAUUAGAGCAGUGGUGGAGUCGAUGCUGGAAACUCAUUUUGGUAGUCACAUAAUGGACGAAUUAUUUAAGAGGUUUGGCGAGCUGGUGGAUGAUUACUUGUCCAAGAAUAGAACCAAGUACGUUAACUUGGUAAUUUCUUUGUUAAGGAAGGAGCAGUAAUCAUGGCUUGGCGGCUAAAAGGCCACCCGAUUCAUGAACCUGGUUAAUUUUUUGUGGGUUCUGUCUUACUAAUAUGUAGUAGUAUUACACUACAUGUAAUAAAAUGAAGAUGCUGCUCUGAUUUAAUCUUAAUAAAGCUUUUACGAUCAGUUAGGAAA